GGCGCCCCGUCCGGGAUGGGGCGCCUGGACGCCUGAGUCGCCGUUCGGCGCGACCUUCGCGCGGGGGAAGGAGCCGGCGCCGCGCCGCCGCGCUAGAAUGGAGGGACCCGGCGGCAGCGAUCCCAGCGGCGACGCGGCUGGGGACGGUGCCCACCCGGACCCCCGGGUCCCCGGCGCCGCUGCGCCCAGCUCCGGCCCGUGCGCGGCCGCCCGGGAGUCAGAGCGCCAGCUGCGCCUCCGCCUCUGCGUCCUCAAUGAGAUCUUGGGCACCGAGAGGGACUACGUGGGCACCUUGCGCUUCUUGCAAUCGGCAUUCCUGCAUCGCAUCCGGCAGAAUGUGGCAGACUCAGUGGAGAAGGGCCUCACCGAGGAGAACGUCAAGGUCCUGUUCUCGAACAUCGAAGACAUCUUGGAAGUUCAUAAGGAUUUCUUGGCUGCCUUGGAGUACUGUUUACAUCCCGAGCCUCAGUCUCAGCACGAACUUGGGAAUGUUUUUUUAAAAUUUAAGGACAAGUUCUGCGUGUACGAGGAAUACUGCAGCAACCACGAGAAGGCCCUGCGGUUGCUUGUGGAACUCAACAAGAUCCCUACUGUGCGCGCCUUCCUUUUGAGCUGCAUGCUUCUGGGAGGCCGGAAGACCACGGACAUCCCCCUGGAGGGCUACCUGCUGUCUCCCAUUCAGAGGAUCUGCAAGUACCCCCUGCUCCUCAAGGAGUUGGCCAAGAGGACUCCUGGCAAGCACCCAGACCACCCUGCGGUGCAGAGCGCCCUGCAGGCCAUGAAGACCGUGUGCUCCAACAUCAACGAGACCAAGCGGCAGAUGGAGAAGCUGGAGGCACUGGAGCAGCUGCAGUCCCACAUCGAGGGCUGGGAGGGCUCCAACCUCACGGACAUCUGCACCCAGCUCCUCCUCCAAGGGACUCUCUUAAAAAUCUCCGCGGGCAACAUCCAGGAGAGGGCCUUCUUCCUCUUCGACAACCUGCUGGUCUAUUGCAAGCGGAAAUCCAGGGUCACCGGGGGCAAGAAAUCCACCAAGAGGACCAAGUCCAUCAAUGGCUCCCUCUACAUCUUCAGGGGUCGAAUCAACACUGAAGUCAUGGAGGUGGAGAAUGUGGAAGAUGGGACAGCGGAUUACCACAGCAAUGGCUACACUGUCACCAACGGCUGGAAGAUCCACAACACGGCCAAAAACAAGUGGUUCGUCUGCAUGGCCAAGACAGCGGAGGAGAAGCAGAAGUGGCUGGAUGCCAUCAUCCGCGAGCGGGAACAGCGUGAGAGCCUGAAGCUGGGCAUGGAGCGGGACGCCUACGUCAUGAUUGCGGAGAAGGGGGAGAAGCUUUACCACAUGAUGAUGAACAAGAAGGUGAACCUGAUCAAGGACCGCCGGAGAAAACUAAGCACCGUCCCCAAGUGCUUCCUCGGCAAUGAGUUUGUUGCCUGGCUUCUGGAAAUUGGCGAAAUCAGCAAGACCGAAGAAGGAGUCAACUUGGGCCAGGCUCUGUUGGAGAACGGUAUAAUCCACCAUGUGUCUGACAAGCACCAGUUCAAGAACGAGCAGGUGAUGUACCGCUUCCGUUACGAUGACGGCACCUACAAGGCCCGGAGUGAGCUGGAGGACAUCAUGUCCAAGGGUGUGAGACUUUACUGCCGCCUUCACAGCCUCUACACCCCUGUGAUCAAAGACCGCGAUUACCACCUGAAGACGUACAAGUCCGUGCUGCCCGGGAGCAAGCUGGUGGACUGGCUGCUGGCUCAGGGUGACUGCCAGACGCGGGAGGAGGCGGUGGCACUUGGCGUGGGCCUGUGUAACAACGGCUUCAUGCACCACGUGCUGGAGAAGAGUGAGUUCAAGGACGAGUCCCAGUACUUCCGCUUCCACGCAGACGAGGAGAUGGAGGGGACCAGCUGCAAGAACAAACAGCUUCGCAACGACUUCAAGCUGGUGGAGAACAUCCUGGCCAAACGUCUGCUGAUCCUGCCCCAGGAGGAUGACUACGGCUUUGACAUCGAGGAGAAGAACAAGGCCGUGGUGGUGAAGUCGGUCCAGAGGGGCUCGCUGGCUGAGAUGGCUGGCCUGCAGGUGGGGAGGAAGAUCUACUCCAUCAACGAGGAUCUGGUGUUCCUGAGGCCCUUCGCUGAGGUGGAGUCCGUCCUCAACCAGUCUUUCUGUUCCCGCCGCCCGCUGCGCCUCCUGGUAGCCACCAAGGCCAAAGAGGUCAUCAAAGUUCCUGACCAUCCAGAGGCUCUGUGCUUCCAGAUCCGUGGAGCUGCCCCGCCGUACGUCUACGCUGUGGGCAGAGACACUCCUGUCCCCUUAGGCUCCGAGGCUGCGGCCGCUGGGCUCUGUGCCGGCCAGUGCAUCCUGAAGGUCAAUGGCAACAACGUGGUGAGCGAUGGUGCACCGGAAGUCCUAGAGCACUUCCAGGCAUUCCGGAACCACCAAGAAGAGGCCCUGGGUCUCUACCAGUGGGUCUACCACACCCACGAGGAUGCCCAGGAGGCCCGAGCCAGCCAGGAGGCCCCCGGCGAGGACCCCCAGUCCGACUCAGCCUUCCCCCUGCUGUCCCUGGGGCCCCAGCUGAGCCUGCAUGAGGACAGCCCUGUGGUCACCCUGACCGUGGACAACGUACACUUGGAGCAUGGCGUGGUGUAUGAGUACGUGAGCACCGCGGGCGUCAAGUGCCAUGUGCUGGAGAAGAUUGUGGAGCCCCGUGGCUGCUUCAGCCUUGCCGCCAAGAUCCUCAAGUCCUUUGCUGCCGAUGACAGUGUCUUUGUGCAGAACUGUGGGCGGCUCAUGGCCCUGAACAACAACAUCAAGACCAUGUCCCACUACGAGUUCCGCAACAUCUGUGACACCAAGCUGGAGAGCAUCGGCCAGAGGAUUGCCUGCUACCAGGAGUUUGCAGCCCAGCUGAAGAGCAGGGUCAGCCCACCCUUCAAACAAGCAUCCCUGGAGCCCCAUCCGCUGUGUGGCCUGGACUUCUGCCCCACCAAUUGCCAUGUCAACCUCAUGGAAGUGUCCUACCCCAAGACCACUCCCUCAGUUGGCAGGUCCUUCAGUAUACGUUUCGGUCGUAAACCCUCCCUCAUCGGCCUUGACCCCGAGCAAGGCCACCUGAACCCCAUGUCCUACACCCAGCACUGUAUCACCACCAUGGCUGCCCCAUCCUGGAAGUGCCUGCCUGCUGUGGACGGGGACCCCCAACACCAGGGCCUCAACGACAGCGGCUUUGGGUCAGCCAGUGAAACCGCUGGCCAGGAAGACCGGGGCCUGAGCUUCCUACUCAAGCAGGAGGACCGUGAGAUCCAGGGAGCCUACCGGCAGCUCUUCACCAAACUGGACGUGGCCUUGAAGGAGAUGAAGCAGUAUGUCACCCAGAUCAACAGGUUGCUGUCCACCAUCACGGAGCCCACCUCCGGUGGGUCCUGCGAUCCCCCCUUGGCCGAGGAAGCCUCAUCCCCCCCGCUGGCCAACGAAGACGCCGAGAUGGACAGGGCCGACCACGGGGGUAUCAAGAAGGUGUGCUUCAAGGUGUGUGAGGAGGACCAGGAGGACUCGGGCCAUGACACCAUGAGCUACCGCGACUCUUACAGCGAGUGUAACAGUAACCGGGACUCGGUCCUGUCCUACACCAGUGUGAGAAGUAACAGCUCCUACCUGGGCAGUGACGAGAUGGGGUCUGGGGACGAGCUGCCCUGUGAUAUGAGGAUCCCAUCAGAUAAGCAGGACAAGCUUCACGGGUGCCUGGAGCAUCUCUUUAACCAGGUGGACUCCAUCCAUGCACUCCUCAAGGGGCCAGUCAUGAGCAGGGCUUUUGAAGAGACCAAGCAUUUCCCCAUGGACCACAGCUUGCAAGAGUUCAAACAGAAAGAAGAGUGUACAAUCCGUGGCCGCAGCUUGAUCCAGAUCAGCAUCCAGGAGGACCCCUGGAACCUCCCCAACUCCAUCAAGACCCUGGUGGACAACAUUCAGAGAUAUGUGGAAGACGGGAAGAACCAGCUGCUCCUGGCCUUGCUGAAAUGCACAGACCCCGAGCUGCAGCUGCGCAGGGAUACCAUCUUCUGCCAGGCCCUGGUGGCCGCCGUGUGCACCUUCUCCGAGCAGCUGCUCGCCGCCCUCAGCUACCGCUACAACAACAACGGCGAGUACGAGGAGAGCAGCCGGGACGCCAGCCGCAAGUGGCUGGAGCAGGUGGCGGCCACCGGUGUCCUUCUGCACUGCCAGUCCCUGCUCUCGCCAGCUGCCGUGAAGGAGGAACGGACCAUGCUGGAGGACAUCUGGGUGACCCUGUCAGAGCUGGACAAUGUCACCUUUUCCUUUAAGCAGCUGGAUGAGAACUACGUGGCCAACACCAACGUCUUGUACCACAUCGAGGGCAGCCGGCAGGCGCUGAAGGUCGUGUUCUACCUCGACAGCUACCACUUCUCGAAGCUGCCCUCCCGCUUGGAGGGCGGAGCCAGCCUGAGGCUGCACACCGUGCUCUUCACAAAAGCUCUGGAGAGUGCGGAGGGGCCGCCUCCUCCAGGCAGCCAGGCUGUGGAGGAUUUGCAGCAGGAGAUCAACGCCCAGUCCCUGGAGAAGGUUCAGCAGUAUUACCGCAAACUCAGGGCAUUUUACCUGGAACGGUCUAACCUGCCCACGGAUGCCAGCACCACGGCGGUGAAGAUAGACCAGCUGAUACGCCCCAUCAACGCCCUGGACGAGCUCUGCCGCCUUAUGAAGUCCUUCGUCCACCCCAAACCUGGCGCCAGCGGGAGCUUGGGUGCCGGCCUUAUCCCCAUCUCCUCUGAGCUGUGCUACCGCCUGGGCGCCUGCCAGAUCGCCAUGUGCGGCACGGGCAUGCAGAGGAGCACCCUGAGCGUCUCCCUGGAGCAGGCGGCCAUCUUGGCUCGGAGCCACGGGCUGCUGCCCAAGUGCAUCAUGCAGGCCACGGACAUCAUGCGGAAGCAGGGCCCCAGGGUGGAGAUUCUGGCCAAAAACCUCCGAGUCAAGGAUCAGAUGCCCCAGGGUGCACCGCGGCUCUACCGCCUCUGCCAGCCGCCAGUGGAUGGAGACCUCUGAACGUGGGGAUUCUGCCUGGUGCUCGGCUCUAUCCUCUGGAGCUGGGUUUGGGGGGGCAUCGGGGGCCACUCUGGCCUUCUCCAGAGCUGGCCGAGGCUCCUUCCUGCUCUGGGACCUGCCAGCCUUCUCCAUCCCCACCCGUGAGGACAAGCGGUGCCCCUGCUCUCGGAGGAGCUGGCCCAUUGGCCCUGAGCCGGCCCAUUCUCCACACUCGGGCCAGAAGCCCGAGGGGUGCUGGGGACACGCAGAGCUGGCUGAUGGGUACAGCCAGGACCUGGGCUCCUGCCCACAAGUCCCCGGGACACAGGGGAGAAGUCACGGGCGCUGGAGCUGGAGGCCUGCAGACCCAGCUGCCUCAGGAUGGCUCAACCUGCACUUUUGAAACCCCUGGUUUCCUUCUAAGUCCACAUUCCAGGCGACACACAUGUCUCCUCCUCCCCUUAGCUUCCAAUUCACCCCUAAUCCUGUACUAACCUGCUCGGUGGACUCGGAAAAGCCAGGCCUCUGCCAGGAAAGACAGAGGGACAGGGCACACCACCCGUCACCAAGAGGAAAUUCGCAAGCCACACCAGCUUCCGACGUGACCGCCAUCGGAACUUGAGCCAUCAGCCCUGGGCGCGAGAUUUGCUCCGACUUUAUUUAUAUGGCGUGAAAUCUCUAUGGUUUAUUUUGGGGUUUUUAUGUCGGUGUUGUCGAGUUUUUUUGUUUUUGUUUUUUUCCUCUGGGUUGUGUGAUUAUAUAUUUGACAUUUUAAAUUUCAAAGAAAGGUGUAUUGUCUAACGGGACCAACAUAAGGUAGCAUUGAUGACUUUUCCCACUUCUACUAAAAAAGAGAAAAACUAAAUUAUUGAAAAUUCAAAAAAUGUUGGUAUUUCAUCCUUUUUUAAUAUUAGGGUCUUAAGGUAUCACUUAUAGGUAUUGACUACGAUUCCCACCCACCUCUGUUCUCCAGCGGCCGGUCCGCAUUAGCAUGAAUGACUCUGCUGUCUUUGGAUGCCGCACUGCGAGGGUUCGAGCGGCAGCUGGACCAGGGCUGGGGGCUGGAGGGGGUUGAACCACCUACCUGAGAUGCUGUCCCGCACAGGUGUCUGCCCUGAGGGGAGGAGGGCCACCGGCAAAUGCAGGGUGGUGGCUUCUGUAACUUAUUAUUUUUUUUUUUUGAUGUUAGCUCAGAGCAGGACAUUUGGGACUUCUCAGCCAGCCAGAGAGACAGGAAGCCAGCCUGCCCACCUCCUGGGCACAGGGACCUGCGGUGGAAUCUCAGCAGUUUGUCCCCUCCAGCUUCUGUAUGUCAGCAGGGAAGCCUCCUAGCUGAGGUAGCAGGGAGAGAAGGUCUUUCUAAGCUUGUUUGGUGGCUGAGGUCGGGAAUGGGUUCCUCACUGCCCCUAAGGCUUGAAGCCCCACCAGCAUCUUGGCCCCCUGGGCCUCCAGGGGCCAACCCUCACUCUCUUGCCACUGUGGCCUACGUUGCAAGAGGUGGGCCUGUUGCUGGACACAGGUGACCCGGAUACAAAUGAAGAUGUGCUUUAGCCCCCUGGCGGGAGAUGGAGAGGAACCCCCGAGGGCAAGGGCCUUGUGCACUGGUUUACUUUAAAAUGUACAGAUCUUCUCAUUAAAUUCAUGAUAGAUUUUUUUAUUAUUAUUAAAAGUCAGUUUAUAAUACAAA